AUGGACCAUUCCAGCUUGCACGAAUUCAUCAUCUCGUCGUUUCUCAAAAACCAGCGCCCUCCGACUGUUGGCGACAUCGCCACCCGCUUCGAAAGCGACGUCCCUACUGCGCGGCAAGGCCUGCGAGCUUUGGCAGACUACCAUGGUGUUGUGCUACACCCCCAAUCCGACGAGGUGUGGGUUGCCCAUCCCUUCUCCGCCGCGCCCACGACCUGCAUCGUGACCUCGGGCCAUCGCAAAUGGUGGGGAAACUGUGCCUGGUGCUCGCUCGGCGUGAUGCACCUCGCAGGCGGCACCUCGACUCUUACGACGAGGACUGGCGCCAUCGGCGACGAAGUGUCCGUCACGGUCCGGGACGGACAGCUGCUGGACACGGAUUUCGUCAUACACUUUCCGGUCCCCAUGCGUCAUGCCUGGGACAACGUCAUCUACACAUGCUCGGUCCAGCUACUGUUUCGCAAUGAAGCCGAGGUGGACGAAUGGUGUGCUACUAGAGGCAUUGCCAAGGGAGAUGUGCGGCCCAUUAAGCAGAUUUGGGAUUUCGCUGCUGAAUGGUAUGGCCGCCAUGCCGAUGCAGACUGGAAAAAGUGGUCUUUGCACGACGCGGUCGAGAUUUUUGCCCGUCAUAGGCUGACUGGUCCAAUUUGGACGAUUGGAGACGAGGCAGGGCGCUUUUGA